AUGACGUCAUCGGAAGGGGGCUACGUGGAAGGCGGGCUGGUGCGGGCGCUGCUCGCAAAGGCCAAGACGCCCGGCGGCGGCGCUUGCAGCGGCGGCGCAGGCGGCGGCGCCGCGGCGCCGCGGUCGCCGGCUUUGGCCCUGAGCGGGGCUGCGGCCGAGUUGAUGAUUCAGGAGCAGGAGCAGGGGUCGCUGCAGCAGCAGGAGGAGGAGUCGCAGCAGCAGCCGCAGCCGCGGGCGCGGCCCGCUGCGCCCAAGCAUGCCAGUGGCGGUGGCCAACCCGGGCGAUCGGCCCCGAGCCUGCCAGACGCGCCGGGUGGCGGCCCUUCUGCUGCGACUGCCGCGGGGGUCGACACAGCAGCGCCCUCGCAGCGGGGGCACAUUAGCUCAAGCGGCAGCGGCGGCACACGCGCGGCCAAGGCGCCCGCGCCGCAGCCCGCGCAGCCGCCCGGGCGCCGUGCUGGCGGCGCCGGCGCGCCGCCUCCGCGGGCCGCGGACGCGCUGCAGUGCGGCGAGGCCGCGAGCGGCAGCAUCACCAACGGCGGAGGCGCGGCCGGCGCGGCGCCGGCGGAGCCGGGCAAGCCUCUUGGCACCAGCCGCCCUGCGGCCGCGGGCGGCGCGGAGGGGCCGCCGGGGCCGUCUCGGGUCCCAUCCCUUCUCAAGGAAUCGCUGCGUCGCCAGGCGAGCGCCACCAUGGCGGAGGCGGCCCGGCUGUACCUGCAAUCCAGCGGCGGCGCCGCGGACGAGGCUCCUGACGCCGCGACGAUGAAGGAUGCGUCGCGCGCAGGGGCGGCGGACAAGGUCGCGGCCUGCCCCGGGCGCAGCUCUGUCGGCGGCUUUGGAGAGGAAUGUGCCGCUGCGCCUGACGGAGAGGCGCCGCCGGAGGGCGCGCCAAAAGCAGAUGCUGCAGCGGCGGCGGCAGCGGCGGCGGGACAAGAGGCGUGGCCCGGGGACGGCGACGACGGCUGCGCGGACGCGCCCCUUGGGCCGGCGCGCGACCAGUCAUACCGCGGCGUGCCCGCGGCGCCCGUGGCGGCCCCCGAAUGGCCGCCCAGCCCGUUGCCCCAUCCGCCAGCGAGCCCCAUUGUCCCCGCCGGCGCCGCCGGCCGCCUGCCGGCGGCCGCCGCGCGGCACGCGGCGUCGCGGGACGAGCUCGGGAGCCUGGGCAGCGCGCCGGCGGCAGCACUGCGGCGCUGCAGCGAGCCAGGGGAGCAGCCGGUCAUGGUGCUGCGGUCGCUAUCCGAUCGGCUUGGGAGCGACUGCUUGAUAAUGGCCGCCGCCGCUGCGCAGCAGCAGCAGCACCAGGAGCAGCAGCAGCAGCAGCAGCAGCAGCAAGCGGCAGCACUAAGGGGGCCUGGCGGCUGCGGCCCGGCGGACGGUCCCGGGCCCUCUUCGGCGCCCGAAGCUGCACAGCAGGCGCCCGCGGGGCCGCGCGCCUUCAACCGCAGCAGUAGCGGCGGCAGCAGCGGCGGAAGCGGCGGGGCGGCGAGCGGCAGCGUGAGCCUCAGCAGCAGCGUGAGCCAUCGGGCCGGCGGCGAUGAUCUCGGGGCGGCGCUGGCUCAGGCGCUGACGCGGGGGGUGCAGCACCAGCACCACCAGCAGCAGCAGCAGACGGUGGUGGAGCAGGAGGGGCCUGCGAGCGGCUCACCGGGCGGCGCGCCCGCGGGGCUCGAGCAGCUACUAUUGCUGCUGCGGCGCCAGCAGCAGGUCUUGGCCCAGGCGGAGGCGCUGCAGCAGACGCAGGCGCAGGAGGAGGCGCUGCAGCAUGCGCAGGCGCAGCAAAUGCUGAUGCAGCAGCAGCAGCAGCAGCAGCAGCACCAUCAGAUGCUGUUGCAGCGCCAGUACCAGCAGCAGCAGCAGCAGCAGCAGCAGCAGCAGCAGCUUCAGCAGCUUCAGCAGCAGCAGCAACUUCAGCGCAUCCUCGCCAUACAGCGGCAGCAGCAACUGCCGCAGCCGCCGCAGCUGUCCCCCAUGUCUGCGCAGCAGCCCUACGGCGCAAGUGGCCCUCUCUCCCCGCACGGCGCACAAUCGGCCGCACAGCAGCCGCAGCUGCAGCCGCCCCCUGAGCUUCUUGAGCUGCUUGCAAAGCACAGGCAGCACCAGCAUGCGAUGCGGGCAAAGGGCCCGCCCAGCGUAUUGCUGCCGCGCCAGCAGCAGCAGCAGCAGCAGCAGCAGCAGCAGCAGAAGUCGGUGCAGCAGCAGGUUCACACGCCUGCGGGCGGGCUGCCGCCGGGUUCUUGGGCGGCGCUGACGCCGCAGCACCAGCAGCUGGUGAUGCUGCAGCAGCGCGUGCUGUCCGCACAGCAGCAGCAGGCAGCCGCCAGCCCCACCUCUCCCGCAUGCCUUUCCCCGAGCGGGCCGCUCCCGGCGAGCCAGGCAGCGAGCCAGGCGUUCCAAGUGCAGCUGCUCGGCGCGCAGCUGCCGCUGCAGCAGCUGCCCAGCUCGCCGCUGGCGCCGGCCGCGGCCCGAUUCGACCUGUCUUCAGGGAUCCUGCUGUCGCCCUCGGCCGCUGCUGGCGGCGGCCUCGGCGGCUGGGCGGCGCAGGAGGCGGCGGCGGCAGCGGCGCACGGGUCUGCCGCCAACGCCGAGGAGCUGCAGCUGCAGCUGCUCGCGCUCGCCGGGCUCGCGCACGGCGCGCCAGACACGUUCGCUGCGGCGGCGCCGCUCAGCGGGGCCGCGGGGCGCGCGGAGGCGGAGAGCCGGCGCAUGGCGGACGACCUGGAGGAACUCCUCUGCAUGGCGAACGAAGAGCUGGGGUGGUCGUCCCUCCCGCAGACCACCCCCUCGCCUCCCACCGCCGCGCUGCCGCUGCCGCCGUCCCCGGCGCAAUCCCACAUGCGCAGCGGCGCCUUGCCGCCCUUCUCGCCGCCGCGCUCGGCCCUCGACCCGUGGGCGGCAGCCUUUGAGCUUUCCCCCAAGGCUGCCGGCGCACCCGCGACGCCCUCGGGGCCGCCCGUCGCGGGGCCUACGACGUUCAUGGGCGCCAGCGGCUGCGAGCCGGCAUCGAGCAGCAGCGGCCCCAAGCCGCGGACGAGCCACAGCCAGCUGAGGGGCCUGCAAGACCUGGACCUGCAGCUUCCCGACGGCUUUAUGGGGGGCGACGACUCAUGA